UAGGAAUGUGCCGCUCGUUUUCAGGAAUUAUUUUAAACGAAAUCGAAGCUCACUGCUGAAAUUUAAUCAAAAUACAUACUUAACAUAAAUAAAAGCUAACAUAAUGGAUCAGAUAUUGAAUAAGGAAAACACCGGCAUUAAUUUGCCGCCGAAUCCCAUGAAAAAUGGAGUCCCUACCAAUUCAGUAUUGAAGAAACCACUUGGCAAACUUGACAAUGUGAUGCACCAAACUCCUGGAAUAACCCCAUUCAAAGGCUCUUCCCUUAGACUCGAAAGCAGUAUCGCCAAGCUUUCGCUGCGAAAGCCCCCCAAGCAAAAUGUGGUCAACAAGGAUCGAGAGGAAGUAAGGUUUAAGACAAAUAGCUGCUUUUUGGGAGCCUACGUGUUAAAUUGCGAGCCCAGAGUCGUAAAUUUGUUCAACUAUACUGACUUUCCAAACGAGAAAUGUUUGAAGAACUGCAGCAAGCCGGUCACAGAGACCUGGUCCGAAAAUCAACCGGGCUAUGAACGGCUAUUGGAUCAACUUUAUCUUGAUUUUCGCGCAUUGGAAAACCAUUUGGAAAAUAAGAGCCUUCCGCCCCUAGAUUUUAUCGACCUGCCAUACAUAUAUAACACAGAAAACUUGGAGCCUACAGAGCCUGAAUACGUAUUAAAUAUAUUUCCCCCAAUGCCCAAUUUGGAAGGUAUUGAUAUUCUAUUCUAAAUUGUUUACAAGUUCGUUGCUUAUAUUGUGGUUGAACAAUCCUAAACUAGGUACCUUCUAAAAUAAUUAUAUUAAUGGUAGGCUAAGACAAACUUUAUCAUUAGCUGUUCAAGUUCGUUGUCUCAUUUUCCAAUCAUAUUUGUGAAAAAAUAUAUGUUAUUUAAGUCUAACUUCGCCAAAUACAACUAAAAUUUCAUAUUGUACGCUUCAAUUGAUUCAGUAAUUUAUUAAGUAAGUAAAAGCGACCAUUGUACCUAGUUCUGAAUUAAAAUAACUGUAGCAAUUAA